GACAAUCGGCUGCUGCCUUUUUGCGAUGACACACUAAUUCAUUUCAUCGUCUACGUUAGUUAACUGACUUUGCACAAGUGAUAGGUUUGUUUGUUUCGACAGUGAUUUAGUGAAAAAACAUGGCUCAGCGGAGUGACGAUGACAACAACGUUUGUAAGCGAAAGCGUCUUACCGGGAGCUCUAAGUGGACAAUGAAUGCUAUUUCACGACACAUAGCUGAACGUCAGGCCAAUUUAGACAUCGAAAAUAUGGUUAUGUUACAGCAAGACCAAUCCAGCGAAAAAAUUUGUGGCAGUAUAAGUCCGAUGGAUUUGGAAGUUUCUCCAAUAUAUGUGGAAUCGGAUUUCUCACAAGAGCCAAAGAAUAUGAAGGCUUCUUUUUUCUUUAAUGAUGAAAUGGAACUGCAAGAUAUCGCCGAAAACCAGGUGUUGUCAACUCCCACUCAAUUAAUAGGAUUUUCCCCUGAUGUUGAAUCCACUUUGAUGGAAUCUGAAUUCCCAGAGGCAGAGUUUGACGAGGAGUUCAACAUUAUUGAUGAAGAUGAUAAUGAAGAUCCAGAUGAGGAAGAUCUUGAACUAUGCGAGAAAGCGGGAAAUGAAUUUGAUCGCAUUCAAAUUGUACGAUUACUUUCAGCUGCAUUCUAUUUGAAACAUGGUUUGUCUAAGUCAGGCCUUGGUGAUUUUCUUGACAUUUUAAAUGUUUCUUCUGGGCUUAAUCAAGACGACGAGCUUAGAAGUCCAUAUAUGUUUAUGAAAAGAUAUGGGCUUUUAAAAGGCGACCUGAAAAGAAUUUAUCCGUGUUCUACAUGCUCCAAGACACUGAAAAACGGCGAGAGUGGAUAUCCGACAGAAAUUCAGCCCUGUGGUCACAAUUAUUGCAAGGAAACAUCAGACAAAUGCUACACUCUGUUGCUCCCCGUUGAAGAACAAGUGAGAUUUUUUCUCCGUCACCAUGGAAUAAAAAAAUUCCACAAGAAACUCUUGAUCAAGAUAGAAAAGGCGACGUCUUUACUGGGGAUCGUUACAAGCAGUACGUGAAAGACGGUCUCAUCAACGAGCGAACAGUAACCAUGCAAAUUAACACAGAUGGCGCUCAAAAAUUUAAAUCGAGUAAAUAUUCCUUCUGGCCCUUUAUGGGUACUGUAAACGAAACGGGUUAUAAAACCCGACGAUCAAAUGUCAUUUUAAUGGCUAUUUGGUUUGGUAACAAGAAACCUCCAAGAAACGUAUUUGUGGAUCCUUGCGUCGAUGUAUUAAAUCAACUUUGCUCGACUGGGGUUGAGUGUGAUAAUAUAAAAUACAUAAUACGGCCAGUCAUUGUGACUGUGGACACGAUUGCCCGACCAAUUCUUCGAAACACAAUGCAAUUUAAUGGUGCAUAUGGGUGUGAUUUUUGCUUGCAUCCCGGAAAAUCAGUUAAAAUUGGAAAAGGAAACACUCUUGUUUAUUGUGAACAACCGAACGAUUCCCAACCGAAGUAUCCCUUGCGUUCUACUUUGCAAUAUCGGAAUGAUCUUGAAGAAGCCAUGAAAAGCGGCAAAACAUUUCAUGGGAUAAAAGGGCCUACGUCACUUGCUGACAUUGAAGGUUUUGAUUUCAUUGGAGCCUUCAUCCCGGAGUACAUGCAUUGUAUUUGUUUGGGUGUAAUCCGCUAUUUGAUUCUCUUGUGGAUAUCCUCAACAUACAGCAAAGAACCGUGGCACAUCAGUAAGAAUAAAUUAACUAUUUUCAACAAGCGCUUAUCGCAAACGAAACCCCCGUAUGACAUCACAAGAACUCCGAGGACUUUAGAAACGAUUAAGUAUUGGAAAGCCUCGGAAUUUCGAGCAUUUGCUCUCUAUUAUUUCCCCCUUCUGGAGGGCAUUUUGCCCGAGCCAUAUUUUUCCCAUUUCGCCAAUUUAUCAUACGCUCUUUCAGUUCUGUUACAAGAGUCCGUCCCUACUAAUUGUGUCAAAGAUGUGGGUGUUCUUCUCGAAGACUUUGUUGAGAAAGUCGAAUUAUAUUAUGGGGAAAAGCACGUAAAAUUUAAUAUCCAUCUGUUGACGCAUCUUUCAAAAAGUGUUUUAGACUGGGGCUGCUUGUGGGCCACAUCUGCUUUUAUACCGGAGUGGUUUAAUGGUCAGUUGCAGGGGCUAUCAAAAGGAACUCAGUCGGUUAUUGAACAAAUGGCGACUUCUUUUUUAAUGAAAAAUUCCAUUCGCAAUCAGGCCAUAGACUUGUUAAAAAGUCAGACAGUCCCUCUUCCUACUUCGAAAUUGAUUCAUAGAAUGAUUUGCUUGCCAAAUCUAUACGAAAUCCAAAACUAUAAACGUUUGAAUGUUGAAGGGGAUAUUAGCCUUAGUCUGCUGGGUAAAAAAAUAAUGAGAAAUCUUUCAAUUGACGAGCAAAGUUAUGUCGAAACUGCUUUACUUCACGAGGAAAACAACAUUGGUUCAGGGGAAAUUUCCAGAAUGGUCGAAAUGAUAGAGAAUACAGCUUGCGCUAUUUAUCCCAGAAUUUGUUUUCGAAGUGGGAGCAAUUCGACCUUCACUACAUCCGCCUAUGUGCGGUCAAAGAAGCGCAUAAACUAUUGCGCUCUCUUGAAAGA